AUGUUGGAGGACGCUCGGUGUGUUUGCGAUGCAGAUUCAGCCUCCAGCGCUUUGCCGGGCCAGUGGGAAACGCCGGUGGAUGCUGUAGGUGCGGCUUUGGAACGACAAGCGCAGCGGAGAGGCCUUCCCUCCACCUCUGGAGCCUCCGAAGCUCUCUGCCGCAUCCUGGCCAAGCCCAUUGGCCCUCGCGAAAAGCUUGAUCAAUUUCAUGCCUGGAUUCUGAGCAGUAAGGACGAGAUCCUCGACGGCGUCGAGGCGGUCGGCGAUUUGGUGGGUUUGUGCUCCUUGCUCUCAGCCUUGUCGACCCACUCCGCCACGCUGUCUCCGGAGAACUUCUCUCAGCUGGCACCGCUUUUGAUCCUCCUGGCCGACCUGGCCAGCAAACGUGGUCACAUGGACAGCAAGUGCUGCUGA